UUUCAGAUUUACUAGUAUCUUACAUGCUUGUGCAUGGUGCACUGCAAAACAGUAAUGUGAUUUUCUUUUUGAUGGUGUUAGGAAAUCAUUCCUGGUUAGCAACCUGCAGAGGCUAUAGUCCCUGCAAUGCUGAGUGCUGAUCUGUGCAUAUAGUUGGUGUUUUACAUUGUGUAUUGCAUUUUCAUGGCCAGGUUAGGGGGUGAGGAUGACUGCACAGGUGGCCUCUGUGCUAAGAGAUGUGGGGCUGCCCCCCCACCUUAUCUCAUCCAGGGCUGAACACAGCUGGUUCCAGCCAGCUGUAGAAUAGACCCACUGUUGGCCAAAGCUGAGCCACCCAGUGUAGCAGGUGGUGCCUCUGUGAUGAGGUAUUUAAGAAAGGGUAAAAAAUACUGCACAGCAGCUGUGAGAAAGAGGAGUGAGAAAAAUGUGAAACUCUGCAGAACCCAAGGUCAGUGAAGAAGGAGGGGAGGAGGUAUUCCAGGCACUGGAGCAGAUAUUCCCCCUGCAGCUCAUGGAGAAGACUGUAGUGAAGAAUUUCUCUGCAGCCCAUGAAGGACCACCCCAGAGGAGGCAUGCACUCUGCAGCCUGUGCAGGAGCCCAGGCCAGAGCAGGUGCAUUUCCCCUGGAGAAAGCUGCAGCCUAUGGAGCAAGAUCCUGGCAGGAGCUGUGACCCCUGGAUGGCCAUGGUGGAGCAGUUUGUGCUGGAGUACUGCACUGUAUAGAGAGUCUGUGCUGGAGUAGGGGAAAAUUGUGCAGAGGAAGGAGUGCUGAAGUCUUACAAGCUAACCACAGCCCUUAUUAUUCAUUUCUUCUGACCACUAGGUCAGAAGAGAGAGAAGAAUUGGGAAGGGAGGAGUGAAGCUGAGCCAGGGGAGGUAGUUUGAGCCUUUGUUUCUCACCAUCCUACUUACUUUUAAUUGGCAGUAAAUUCAAAUUCAUCAUUGCAAGUCUAUUUCACCUUGGGCAGUAACUGGUGUUACAAUUUCAAGAAAUGCUGUGACAUAUUUGACGAACAACUGUUCUUCAACAAGAAGAACAAACUGUAUUUGUUGUGUGAAAAUUUUUAAAACUAGAAUGGCCUUGAAAAAGACACCUAAACUAUUUAAGACAUUUUUUCACUGGAAACUCUGGAAGUUUAGCAUUAUUGUGUUUGUCUUUCUGGUAUUUUUAUUUUUAUUACAAAGAGAAGUGGGUGUUCAAGAUUUUAAGGAUGAAGCAGGGAUUGAGCCAGUUGUUGGAAAGAAAAGUCAUGUAUUAGGUCUUGUGUUAAAUGCUAUGAACAAUAUCAAAGGUGCAAAGCCAAAAAUGCAGAUAAAAGCACCCAUUAGGCAAACUAAGGUUCCUGGAGAGAGACUCUGCUUGGCAGGGCACUAUACUCCAGUGGAACUGAAACCCUUUCUAGAUCGACCCCUUCAAGAUCCCAAUGCUCCUGGAGCUUCUGGCAAAGCAUUUAAAACCAUCAACUUAAAUUCAGAAGAACAGAAAGAAAAACAGGCUGGAGAAGAGAAACACUGUUUUAAUGCAUUUGCAAGUGAUAGGAUUUCUUUACACCGAGAUCUUGGACCAGACACUCGACCUCCUGAAUGUAUUGAACAAAAGUUUAAGCGCUGCCCGCCGUUGCCAACCACAAGCAUUAUCAUUGUUUUCCACAAUGAAGCGUGGUCAACUCUGCUCAGAACUGUCCACAGUGUGAUGUACACAUCUCCUGCCAUACUGCUGAAAGAGAUUAUUUUGGUGGAUGAUGCCAGUGUAGAUGAGUACCUGCAUGAUAAACUAGAUGAAUAUGUGAAACAGUUUCAGAUAGUUAAAGUGGUCCGUCAGAAGGAAAGAAAAGGUCUGAUCACUGCACGGUUGUUGGGAGCUUCAGUAGCAACAGGAGAGACCCUUACCUUCCUGGAUGCUCAUUGUGAAUGCUUUUAUGGCUGGUUAGAGCCGUUAUUGGCAAGAAUAGCUGAGAAUCCUGUCGCUGUUGUAAGCCCUGACAUUGCUUCUAUCGAUCUCAAUACCUUUGAAUUCAGUAAACCAUCUCCUUAUGUGCAUAGCCACAACAGAGGAAAUUUUGAUUGGAGUUUGUCAUUUGGAUGGGAGUCUCUUCCUAAACAUGAGAAUAAAAGAAGAAAGGAUGAAACCUAUCCAAUUAGAACACCUACUUUUGCUGGAGGUCUCUUUUCAAUAUCAAAAGACUACUUUGAACACAUUGGAAGCUAUGAUGAAGAAAUGGAAAUCUGGGGAGGUGAAAAUAUAGAAAUGUCUUUCAGAGUAUGGCAAUGUGGUGGACAGUUGGAGAUCAUGCCUUGCUCUGUUGUUGGCCAUGUCUUUCGCAGCAAGAGUCCCCAUACUUUCCCAAAAGGUACUCAGGUGAUCACACGUAAUCAAGUUCGCCUUGCAGAAGUGUGGAUGGAUGAAUAUAAAGAAAUAUUUUACCGAAGAAACACAGAGGCAGCAAAAAUUGUGAAACAAAAAACAUUUGGAGACAUAUCAAAAAGACUUGAUUUAAGGCAGCGCCUGCAGUGUAAAAAUUUUACCUGGUACCUCAGUAAUGUUUAUCCAGAAGCAUAUGUGCCAGACCUGAAUCCUUUGUUUUCUGGAUAUUUAAAAAAUAUAGGUAACCGCAUGUGUCUGGAUGUUGGUGAAAAUAACCAUGGUGGCAAACCCUUGAUUAUGUAUUCUUGUCAUGGACUUGGAGGAAACCAGUACUUUGAAUAUUCUGCACACCACGAAAUUCGCCAUAACAUUCAGAAGGAGCUUUGUCUGCAUGCUUCCAAGGGACCUGUGCAGCUUCGUGAGUGCACCUACAAAGGCCAGAAAACCUUUGCUGUUGGGGAAGAGCAGUGGCUGCACCAGAAGGAUCAAACUCUAUACAAUGAAGCACUACAUAUGUGCCUUACAGGAAAUGGAGAGCAUCCGAGUUUGGCAUCCUGUAAUCCAUCAGACCCUUUCCAGAAGUGGAUUUUUGGCCAGAACAAUUAAGACUUGAUAUUAUAGGCCAGAAUAAUUUUAUUAAAAGAACCAUUCUGAAUUGUGUCAUAUGCAUA